CACUUCACUUCACUUCUCGCUGAGCUCAAAAUCCGAAAUCAGUUCGACAAUGCUAUCCCGGAAUCAACUCUUAAUCCGAACCCUAAUUCGGGUCGACACGACGACAUUGAUACCCCGAAUCCGAUCGUACUGCGCGAACGCGGGGAAGAAGGCGAGUCUGUAUUCCAAGAUCAGCCCGCUGGGAAACCCUACAACCAGCAUAACCCCUGAGCUCGAUGAAUGGGUCCGACAAGGCAAUAAGCUCCGAUUCGCAGAGCUUCAGCGCAUCACUCUCAAUCUCCGCAAGCACAGGCGUUUCUCUCAAGCUCUUGAGGUUCUUGAGUGGAUGAAAAGGAAUGAUGCGAUCAGGUUCACUACAACCGAGCAUGCAAUGCGUUUGGAUCUUAUUGGUAAGGUUCAUGGGUUUCUCUCUGCUGAAGAAUAUUUCAAUAGUUUGAGUGAAGAAGAUAAGAAUGAAAAGACAUAUGGUGCGUUAUUGCAUUGUUAUGUCCGGCAGCUCCAAUUUGACAAGGCAUUACUCCAUUUGCAGAAAAUGAAGGAGGAAGGUCUUAAUUUAACUAAAGUUGUUUUCAAUGACAUCAUGGCCCUUUACACAAGAAUGGGGCAGCAUGAAAAAGUUCCUGAAGUGCUUGAAAAUAUGAAGAAACAUGGUAUAUACCCUGAUAAUUUGAGUUACAGAACCUGUAUCAAUUCAUUUGGGGAAAGGUCAGAUAUUGAUGGAAUGGAAAAAGUUCUAAAUGAAAUGGAAAACCAAACCCAUCUUGUCAUGGACUGGAAUACAUAUGCUGCCAUAGCAAAUAUCUAUAUUAAGGCAGGCCUGAUAAUGAAAGCAAAUUUUAUGCUUGUGAAAGCAGAGGAGAAGUUGGAUAGCAAAAAUCAUGAUGGAUAUAAUUUUCUGAUUUCAUUACAUGCUAAGCUGGGAAACAAGGCGCAGAUCCUUAGAUUAUGGGAUGCUGCAAAGAAUACUUGCAAGAGAUGUGUAAAUCAGGAUUACAUAAAUAUGCUGAAGUCUCUAGUAAAACUCGAUGAGCUUGAAGAAGCACAGAAACUGCUUCUAGAGUGGGAAACGUCUGGCAACUACUAUGACCUUCGAGUACCAUGCGCAGUUAUUACCAGCUAUAUUGACAAGGGAUUACAUGCAAAUGCUGAAAAUAUGCUUAAAGAUUUAAGAAGUAAAGGGAAAAUAGCAUCACCAAGUAUAUGGGUCAGAGUUGCUGAAGGCUACCUGAGUGAAGGUGAGUUGGAGAGAGCCUUUGCCUGUAUGACAGUUGCUUUGUCUUUGCAGGAGAAUGAAGGAUGGAAACCUAAUGCAAAGGUUGUUAUGAGAAUAAUAAGUUCAUUAGGUGAGAAGUGUAGCUUGAAAGAAGCUGAACCAUUAAUAAGUUUGCUGAAAAGAUUUAUGCCAUUGAACAGACAGAUGUACCAUGUACUGCUCAAGUCAUAUGUGGCUAGGGGGGAAGAUGUAGAUGGACUUCUGAACAGCAUGAGAGCUGAGAAUAUAGAUGAAGAUUAUGAAACAAAGAUGAUCCUUGAAAUGAGUCCUGUCAGAAGUUGAACACAGGCCCAAUCCUACCGCCUAGGCGCCUACUUCUCCCGAAAGAUCAGAUGGAGACAAUAACAGUCAUCCCAAUAUUCAUAUCUUGAACAGCUGGGAAGAGGAGUUCGUAUUGGAACAAAACUUUUACACUACUUCCUGAAGGAGUUGAAGGAAAAUAUUGUCCAAAAUCUGUUCUUCCCUUUGGUGAGGGUGGCAUUAAUGGCAGUGAAGAGCAACAGAUUUGGGGGACAAUGCCCCUGCCCAGGAAUUACUGAGUAAUCCUCAUCCCCAUUCUCAUUCCCCAAAUUUGCCUUGUUCCCGACAGGAAUAGGAAUUAGGUUCCCCGUUGAGUUUGGGGACAAUGACCUUCCCUUGAUAAUAUUGUAAAUUGGUCAGGGCAAUUUUAUUAAGUUGGUCUCUUGAUUUGAAAAUCACAAGAUUACAAGUUCAUCUUUGGAGCAACUUACUGGUUUGAGUCGGUCAGUUAUGAACAAUUUAGUUUAAUUUACUUGUGAUUCUUUGUUGGAUAAGGUCACAAGACGGAGUUUACUCAGUGUACACUCUCGAAUAAUGACUACAGGACAUGUUUCCUUGUCACCGAACAAAUUUUGUAAAUUGGUGUAAACAUUUAGGGUGUGUUUGGAAAGCUGGAAAAUGACUUCUGGAAAAUGUUUUCUAGAAAAUGAGUCAU